CGGCAGGUCUGGCUUUAUAAAUACAGCCAUCAGCCAGGAAAGCAAAAUGAGCAUCGACGUCCAAGGGAGUCUAUUCAGCCCAACACCGGUUCAUGAUCUGUGUGAGAAGGAUGCUGCAGCAACAUCUCCGAGUGGCCGGCCGCAGCGCGUCCCCGCUGGUCAAGUGGAUGGAGAGGUGGGCGGAGCGCAAAGCGGCCAGCCCGGCGCACGCCAAGGCGCAGGCGGUGGCGACCCUGGACGACAUGCCGGGACCGUCCCUCGCCAGCUUCGCCUGGGACUUAUUUGCAAAAGGGGGUCUGUCGCGCCUGCACGAGCUACAGUUGGAGGGACUGCAUAAGUAUGGCCCCAUGUGGAAGGCAAGCUUUGGCCCUAUCCUGACUGUUCAUGUGGCUGAUCCUGCCCUGAUAGAGCAGGUCCUGAGGCAGGAGGGCCUGCACCCCAUGCGCUCCAACCUCUCCUCCUGGAAGGACUACAGGAAGCUCAGGGGACAUCACUGUGGACUCUUGACAUCUGAGGGGGAGGAGUGGCAAGCAGUGAGAAGUCUGCUGGGGAAACACAUGCUGCGUCCAAAGGCGGUGGAAGCUUACGAUAAAACCCUGAACUCCGUGGUCGCUGAUCUCAUUUCCAAGCUUCGCCUCUGCAAAAGUCCUCAAGGACACAUCACCGACAUUGCAAGCGAGUUCUAUCGCUUUGGACUUGAAGGUAUUUCCUCAGUGCUCUUUGAAUCUCGGAUUGGUUGCCUGGAUCUGGUUGUUCCCGAAGAGACUGAGCGUUUUAUCAGCGCCAUUAACACCAUGUUUGUGAUGACGCUCCUCACCAUGGCCAUGCCGAGCUGGCUGCACCAGCUGUUCCCCAAACCCUGGAGAGUGUUUUGUCAGUGCUGGGACUACAUGUUUGAAUUUGCAAAAGUCCACAUUGACCGCCGCAUGGCUGUCGAAGCAGAGAAAGUGAGCAGAGGAGAGAAGGUGAAGGGCCGUUAUCUUACCUACUUCCUGUCGCAGACGGGACUCCCCAUGAAGACCGUCUACAGCAACGUUACUGAGCUCCUGCUUGCAGGAGUGGAUACGAUUUCCAGCACUUUGUCCUGGUCGCUGUAUGAGCUGUCCCGCCAUCCAGAGGUUCAGGCCUCGCUCAGACAGGAGGUGCUGAAUGUGCUGGAGGGUCGGAGGACACCCGAGGCUGCAGACGUGGCUCGCAUGCCUCUGCUUAAAGCUACAGUUAAAGAAGUGCUCAGGUUAUAUCCAGUUAUUCCUGCCAAUGCAAGGGUCAUUACAGAAAGAGACAUCCAAGUGGGAGGAUAUCUUAUUCCUAAAGACACUCUGAUCACUUUGUGCCACUUUGCAACGUCCCGGGACCCCACAGUCUUUCCAAACCCACACGAGUUCCAGCCCCACCGCUGGUUCAGGAAGGAGCAGGCUCAUCACCCGUACGCCUCGGUUCCCUUCGGUGUGGGAAAACGCAGCUGCAUAGGCCGCCGCAUUGCUGAGCUGGAGCUCUACCUUGCUCUUUCCCGGAUUCUACUGGAGUUUGAUGUAAAGCCAGACCCGAAGGGAGCGUCUGUGAAGCCGAUGACACGGACCCUUCUUGUUCCAGAAAAUGUCAUUAACCUACAGUUUAUUGAACGGUGACCUUUAUGCUUGGGCUGGUCGUCUAUAGGCGCAAACGUGAGUCCCCCCCCCAGCAGGCCAUGAGGAGAGCUAGGCAAGCAGAGUUAUCACAGGUGCUGAGAUAACAAUAGCCUGCUGCACGUACAGGUUCAUGUCAGAGUGGCCCUUAACCUUUGACACAGCAAAGAUAUAUAUUUAAAAAAAAAAAGCGCUCCUCUCCUGCAGCCCUUCGACGAUGCAAGUGACGCAGAGGGCUGCGAGCUGCAAGAAGGACGAGAGCUGAUGGCUCAUCAAAGAGCACUUCGACGCAAAAAUCCUAAUUCCAAGAUUGAAUUUCAUUUUCUACAAGCAAAAUGACCAAAUCCUUUGAAGUACAGAAAACUAAAUCAAAUAAGCAAUAUGCAAACCUUCUUUUCUUUUUUUUUUUAAACUGACAAUAUUUGGGAGAAUUGUGGUCAUUUCUUGAAAUUUUCUACAGCACAGUGGUGCUUAGUGAGCAUUAGGCCAUAAUGACAGUUUUCCAGAAUAUAUUAACCCCUUUAUUGAAGUAAGAAACUGUGAUUCUUAUUAUAUUUGCACUGUUAAAUGCUCAUGAUGGUUACUUCUCUGUGCUGAUAAAUCAGAAAUUCACUCAAACAGCUGGUCUGUAUGUGUCCAACCAGUCAGGAUGGAGCAAGUACUCUGAAAGCAAGAGCCUUAUUUUUAACACUGCUGUUGUUAGAGUUUAUUAUGUUCAAUGUUGUAAAGCAGGUGCAUUUUCUUGGGUGCUUUUGAGUGAAAGAUUCAUGUAAAGAGGUGUUUAAAGUAGGGCAGCUGAUAACAUUUCUGCAAGACUACACGGUUCCAUUCAAAUCUUUCAGAUGAAUAUGCAGAAUGGUGCUGAUUCUUUUGCAUUUUUACAAAAACUUGAUGUUUUGCAAAAAAAAACAACCUGUAAAUUCAAACUAUUUAUUCAUGCUGUAUGCUUUUUGGCUCUGUAAACUCCAAUAAAAAAGUUUCAAGUAA